GGUGGAGCGAGGUGGGAAUGAAAACCGAAAUUACUAGGACUUUAAAUGGUUUUCGAAGUGCUACUGUAAUUGUGGCACCCUACAGUUUGCCGUCAUGGAGUCUUCUAGUACGACAAUCAGCGACCUCUUUCGUACUCUGUAUGAAAUGGGCUUUGAUGAAGCACAGAUCCAAGCUGCUAUCCAGGCAGGGUGUCUGAGUGUUCAAGAUGCAACAGACUGGUUACUUCAGGGUGGAAGUCCAAGUUACAGACUCCAACCACAGUAUUCAACACCCUCUGGUUCCCUAGGACUCGCCAUCUCUGCCUUUAAUCCUCCAAAAAUGCAAGAAACAGCAACAAAUCUAGGGCUUUCAGUCCAGGAAAACAAACAAGAAGUAGACCUGUCUCUCAUUAGCUCCAGAAACAGAGUGGACAAGUUUGAUUUCGAGAAACAACAAAGAGAGCGACUGGCCCAAGAAGCCAAAGCAGAGAAAAGAAGUAAAAAAGCAGACCAUGAAAUGGUACUAAAACGGAUAGCAGAUGAUCGAAAAUCUGUUCAGGAGAAGUCUCAGCCCACCACUCCACAAGUGUGUUCGUCUCAGCAAGGUUACAAGUUAGGGGGCAAAGUUCAGACUGUGGUUGACAACAAGUGUGUAUUAAUGUUCAGGUUGCCAUCUGGAAACUCUUUCAGAGAGAGGUUUUCAGCGGAAGACUCCUUGCAGGCUGUGAAGCAGUAUUUAGCCAAGCAUUGUCCUGAACUUAAAGACUUCAUCCUCAUCCAAAGUUUCCCAAAGAGGAUUUUCAAUGAGACUGAUGAGGAAACCACAUUGAGGACUCUCGGGUUGACACCUAAUGCCACAUUGUGUAUUCAGAGCACAGAGCCAAAGGCAGCAGAAAUGAUGGUCUUGUCUGAAAGUGUCAGCAGAUUACCAGCAGAGGACCAAUCCAAAGAACUGACAGUACAACAGGAGGACAGAGAAGGGGCAAAGGAAGUGGAGGAACUGUUGGCAUGCUUGCAACCCCAGACACUUCCUGUUGUAGGACAUGUGUGGGGGCGAGGAGAGGUGCUCUCAUCUCUGUCUGAUAACCUUGAAACUGAAAGAAGAGAAAUGGAGGAAGAUAUCCAAAAUUCAGCUGCCCAGAAUAAUGACCCUUUAGAUCCAGAAAAGAUAAUUCCAGAAUUCCCUGGUCUUCCUGCAGUGCUGCAGCUGUCUAGUAGACAUCAUCAUCACUGGGGGCGUGGGCAAAAGUUGACUGUAGAGGACAGAGAAGCUGAAGAAGAGGAUACCGAGGAUGAAGAUAAUGGUGAUGAAGAAGAUGUCUUACCUGGCUUGGGAAGACCACCAUUUUGUCCUCCUAAUAGGAACCAGAGAGUCUUUCAACCCCAGUACAGUUGGCCAGCAGAGGGAAUUCGACUCAGGGAAGACGAGGUUGUUAAUUCUGGACAGGAUGGGAUUGACAGCCUUUCUAAUGUUGCAGCACAGGCUGCUAUGGAUCGUUUACACCGUGCAGCACAAGAUCAGCAGAAAGUUUCAGGAGAGCGUUCACCACCAAAGAAACCAUCCCAAAUGCCAGAAGUGCCUUCUUUGUACAAUAUGGCAACCAAGGCUGCAGUGACUCUUAUGACAGCUCCAAGUAUGCAAUAUUGUAGCAGCUUGUCUUCCCUCACCCCUGAACUGGCAGAGCAUCUCAUCAUGUUCAUGAUCAAAGAACGCCUGUUACGCCCAAAGACCCUGGAGUUGUUCUUCGGUUGCCAGAUCCAGAUGCUUGUACUCAACUGCUACCCAUAUGCCACAAAUGAACUAUUGCGACAGGUACGGGCCUUCCAGACUCUGAAACAUCUCAGCCUCAUCUCCUGCCCCCUCAUCACAGACCUUGGGCUGAGUGUGGUAGUCAACUUGCAGAAAUUGCAACAUCUCAAUCUGUCAGCUUGCACAAAAUUGACUGAUAGUUGCAUGCAGUACCUCACAGGCUUAAAGCAUCUCACUUGUUUAUCCCUGGACCAAACCAAAGUGACAGAUUCUGGCAUGGGAAGAUACCUGGAGUCUCGUCCCUUGACUCUGACUCAGCUAAGUAUGAAUCAGACUGGGAUAACUGAGAAGACACUAUUCCUGCUUCCUUAUUCUGUUCCACAUCUGAAGCUGCUUAGCAUAAAGAAGACCAAGGUUUCAGAUGUAUCUGCACUAAAGGAGCUGAAAUCUCUGCAUAGUUUGCACUUGGAUCAAACAUUUCUAAGUCUGACCUCACUCCUAACUCUUGCUGAUCAUGCCACCCUUUCUACCCUCAGUUUGUCUGGAAUCCCAACCAUAAAUGGAGAUGAUGCCCUUCAGAUAAUCUCAGGUUUAAAACUCAGUCAUCUGACUCUGCCAAACAAAGGUACAGUUACGGACAAUGGUGUUGCCUUCCUCUCAUUCCUUGUGGGAUUGUCAGACCUUGACCUGACAGAUUAUACACUUGUUACAGAUGAAGGCAUCAGACACAUCUGUAACCUGCACAGGUUAAAGAAGCUGUCCCUGAGUAACACACUGCUGACAGAUGGUGGGCUGCCUUACUUAGAGAAUCUGAAGGAGUUGGAAGAACUGUGCCUGGAUCGAACUAACAUUACCAGCACAGGAGUGUCCCACUGCAUCACUAAACUGCCACGUUUACAGGUUCUGGGAUUAGCAAGUACACAUAUCGGUGACAGUGCUGUAAGACUGGGCCUGAUCUACUGCAAGAGCCUUACUAAACUCAACCUUAGCCAUACACGGGUCACUAAUAAAGGAUUAAAAUAUCUCAGCAAGAUGAAUCUGAGUCAGGUAAAUCUGGAUGCCACUGGUGUGACCCCUGUUGGGGUAGCUGACUUGCUUUCUUCAUGUCCUACCAUAGUGAGCAUCCGUGCAAAUAACCUGCGAGUCCUGUCACCUGAAGAGGUUUCAGAUGAAGAUACUACACUGUAGAAUCAGAAACUCUGAAUCAGAAAACCACUGCACAUCUAUAUCUUCUAAUUAUUUAAUUUGAUUUUAGUUGAUUCUUCUCAGAGCAAAAAUGUAUUUUUCUACUUUAGAAGCACUUAUUGAGGAAUUUGCUUGCAUUGAUACCAUGCUGUCAGUACAAGGCCUGAUUGGAAUCUUUGCAUUUCUUCGCUGCUUUCUUCUGAUAUUGACUCAAGACUAUCUGGAAGGAACACUUUUUUACAUCCUGAAACCUGCACACUGCAUUGUUGGUGCAUAUUUUUUUCCAUUAUUGCUGUUUAACACCAGUAAUAUUUCGGGUCUAUGUUUUUUUUUUUCUUUUUUCAGGUACAGAAGGGCUAUAUACAACUUUCUUUGUAUACUACUUCCUGUUUUUCUUUCCAGACUCUCUUUUUUGGCCAUAUGCACUAGACUAAUGGUGACAGUGAUUGUCUUACUUCCCAUUUACUUUUACAGUUUCUUUUCCUAUAGUUCAUUGAAGCCUGUAAGGCCAGCUUCCUGACUGAGCUGCAUGUACUGCUUUGGUAGAUCAUAGGAUGUUACUAGGCU